UUGCCCUAAUAUGUUGCCCCUGUUCCCCAGCCUAGUGCCACCUGUUGCUUGUUUUCUCAUUACCCUGUGUAUUUAGUCUCUGUUCUGUCUUUUGUCGGAUUAUUGUUUGCUGUUCGGUGUUUCUCGUUUGUCCAUGUUUUGCCUGUUCCUGUUUUUGGGAUUCUGCUUGUACCUAUUUUUGGAUUUGCCUUGUGUUUUCGGGACACUUUUUGUUAGUAUGGACUUUAUUAUUUGUUUAUUAAAUCCUCAAAGCUCACACUGCCUGUCCGUCUCUACAUUUGGGUCCUACAUCUUCUGAAACCCUAACAGAAUAAUCCGACCACAAAAUGGACCCAGCAGAGAGACGUCUCUUUAAGAAGAGUGUCAGAGUAUGGCCGGACUGUGGAGAGUCUCCUAAACUCUAAACCUAACCAGCAUGACCCUAUCCUUAAGAGGAUUUCCACGCAGCAGCUGUGGUUUGAGCUUGGACUGCCCUACUGCUACCUGGUCAGCAAAACCCCACCGACAUCCAGCAGUCCUUUGAGGGUACUCGCCUGGCUAUUUUUACUGCGAACCGUGGAGGACGCAGGAGAGGACGUGGCCGACAUGGGUCCCGACGCCAUGCACAGCCUCUCUUCAGCCCAGAGUCCUCGCUGUCCAGCGGUCCUGAGCCCGUGCUGUCCAGUGAGCCUGAGCUGACAUCUGAGCCUGAGCUGAACAGUGUGCCAGAACCGCCGCUGACGACUGACCUCCCAGAGUCUUCGUUUACGGUGACUUUGCCAGUCUCCGGUGCCUCAGAGACUGCCCCUGAGACUUUGCCGGUCUCAGGCAUCCCUGAGACCGCCCCAGUGACUAUGCCCUUCGCCGGUACCCCUGACACUUCACCCGUAUCCGGUGUCCCAGCCUUUGUUGUCGGUCCGGCCGACUCCUGCUCCCCGUGUUUUGUCGGCGGACCCGCUGACUCAUGUUCCUGUUGCCUUGUUGGCAGACACUGGCCCAGUCUUCAGCCCAGCUGACCCUUUGCCUGCCCGGCCCUCAGAGGGGUAUCGCCUUCGCCGAUGGCCGCCCGAGAGUCUUCGACGUCCUGCCUGGUCUCCAGAAGGGCUCUACCUUUGACCUUCCUGUUCGGCCGCCUGAGAGGUUUUGCCCUCGCCGCCGACCGCCUGAGGCUCCUCGCCGUACUGUUCGGCCGCCUGAGGGGCUCCACUUUCGCCGCCGGCCGCCUGUGAGUCUUCGCCGCUGGUCGCCUGAGAGUUCUCGACGUCCUGUUCGCCCGCCAGAAGGGUUUCACCUUCAUCGCUGGCCGCCAGAAGGGUCCCGCCUUCGCUGCCGGCCACCAGAGAGUCUUCGCGGCCCUGUCUGCCCUCCAGAAUGUCUUCGACGCCCGGCUAAGCUGCCAGCAGGUUUUCGUCCACCGGACCACGUGCCUAGCUGGGACGUCGGUUCUCAAGCCCUCUGUCCUCAGUUCCCUGGGUCCCACUUCCUGGCCCCGUAUGACUCUUGAGCCUGCCCUCGCCCUCCGGGGUUGCUUUAUUUUGUUCCUCCGUUCAGAAAGGGGAAGGGAGGAAAGAGGGGGAGAAGAGGCGGGAAUUGUCAGAGUGAUGCUUAUGUUAGGAGAGGAAGCUAACUAGCUAGUUACAGCCACCAGCCUUUUUGU